AUGUACAGGCAGGAAAUGCUAAUGCUGAAAACACACAGUCAGGAGGGAAACUUAUUCCAAUUGGUAGUCAGGCUCUCUUACAGGCCGUUUCCGCGCCUCUCCCCUCGCCAAUCUCAAUACCCAGUGGAAAGGGAUCGAAGCCGCAGGGGAAUCCGGGCCCAGCCGACGGCGCCGCCUGGCGGGCACCGAGGGGACGAAGGGGAGGAGUCACUCUCCGCUUCCAGGCGGCCAGGUUCGCCAGGAGACCUGAGGCACGACCUUCGCCACGCAAGGAGGCUGGGGCGCGGGUCGAGAGUCGACUGGGCCUCGCUGGGACCCAGGCGUGCGACCGGCUCUGCCUCCUCCGCAGUUCUGCCUCAGGACCUUUGCAUUUGCCAUCUCCUCUGUCAGCUUCAGUUCCCGAUGCCGAAAUGGAUCUCCAUCACCUUCAUAUUGAAGCUCAACUGUAACAUCAGCAAGGCUUCCUGGAAUCCCCUACUUUACUAGUACAGCACCUUCCACCACCACACCCCCUGGAAAAAUUUCCCCUCUCACUUCCUUAAUUUCUUCCAUAGCACAACUCAUCAGCAUCUGAAAUUCUACAUGUAUUUAUGGUUUGUCCCCUCUGAGUAGAAUGUGAGCUCAUUGAGGUCAGGGAAUUCUGUUUUCUUCAUUAUGAUAUCCUCAGCACCUAGCAUAUAUUUGAGGUUCACAUACUGACCAAACGAAUAAAGGAAUACGUUAAUUAAAAAAAAAAGUUGAGUUAUUCUUCCACCUUCAUCCCCAUAGCCCCUUAUCUCAGUUCAGACCUCAUCCCUUCUCCAGAUCACUGAGGCAGCCUUCUCACUGUCCUCCCAGACUCCUAUGUCUCCCUACUAUCCC